UCGAUAGGAGUAGAACCAGCGGCUCCUCCCGUCCGUCUGUCCGCCUCUGGAGCUUCACUGCUCGGAUCUGAAGAGUCUGAACCUCCGGGAGAGAAGCAGCAGCGGAGACCGGAUCAGCAGGUCCAGACCAUGGUGGUUCCAUAUGAAGGUCAGAGUUAUUCAGCUCUGAAGAAACGGAGUCAGCAGGAUGGACGUCUGUUUGAAGAUCCUCUGUUCCCCACCAACGACCGGUCACUGUUCUACCAGAACAACUCCGUGGGACACGUCACCUGGAGGAGACCUCAGGAGCUGAGCAGGAACCCUCGGCUAUUCGUGGACGGGAUCAGUGCCCACGACCUCCACCAAGGCCAGCUGGGGAACUGCUGGUUCGUAGCCGCCUGCUCCAGUCUGGCCUCCAGAGAAGCUCUGUGGCAAAAGCAGAGGAGACUCUUGGUCUUCCUUUCCUGGAUGAUCCUCAUGGAGACAGUUUGGUCGAAGCGAUGGAUGGUUUUAGAGACUGAACUUGGAGAUACAUUCAGAGUCCUGGUGAUUCCGGACUGGAAGGACCAGGAGUGGGACUCGGAGCGACCUGAGUCCUACGCUGGGAUCUUCCACUUUCAGUUCUGGAGGCUCGGUCAGUGGGUGGACGUGGUGAUCGAUGACCGGCUGCCAACGUUGAACGGAAAUCUCAUCUACUGCCACUCCAAUGACACCAACGAGUUCUGGAGCGCCCUGGUGGAGAAGGCCUAUGCCAAGAUGUGUGGCUGCUACGAGGCUCUGGAUGGAGGGAACACUGCAGACGCUCUGGUGGAUUUUACGGGAGGAGUUUCAGAACCGAUGGACCUGACAGAGAACAACUACAAGACCGACGAGAACCAACGGAGCCAACUGUUUGAGAGGGUUCUGAAGGUCCACAACCGAGGAGGACUGAUCAGCUGCUCCAUCAGGGCGACCACUGCGGCCGACAUGGAGCUGCGUCUGGACUGCGGUCUGGUUAAAGGACACGCCUACGCCGUGACCGACGUCCGCCGGGUCCGACUGGGUCAUGGGCUGCUGGCCUUCUUCAGGUCCGACAAACUCACCAUGAUCCGCAUGAGGAACCCCUGGGGCCAGAGGGAGUGGACCGGACCCUGGAGCGACAGCUCUGAGGAGUGGCAGAAGGUCAGUAAGAGUGAGAGGGAGAGGAUGGGCGUCACCGUGGAGGAUGACGGAGAGUUCUGGAUGACGUUUGAUGACUUCAUCGCCAACUUCACGGACCUCAUCCUGUGUCGCCUCAUCAACACGUCCUACCUGAGCCUCCAUAAGACCUGGGAGGAGGCCGUGAUGCGAGGAUCCUGGCAUCGCCAUGAUGACCCUCUGCUGAACCGGGCCGGCGGCUGUAGCAACAACAAGCACACCUUCCUCCAGAACCCGCAGUUUAUGUUUGAUGUGAAGAAACCGGAGGACGAAGUUCUGAUCUGUCUGCAACAGAAAGAUCGAAGAGCAACGCUGAGGGAUGGACGAGGAGAGAACCUGCCCAUCGGCUUCGACAUCCACAGAGUGGAGUUAAACAGGAAGUACAGGAUCCAUGCUCCCCAGCAGAAGGUUGGCGGCAGCAUCUACAUCAACUCCCGCUCAGUGUUCCUUCGGACCGACCUGCCAGAGGGUCGAUACGUCAUCAUCACCACCACCUUCGAACCGGGUCUGGAGGGAGAGUUCCUGCUGCGUAUCUUCACUGAUGUACCGUCAGACUGCAGUGAGCUGACUCUGGAUGAACCUCCUCAGACCUGCUGGUCCGGUCUCUGUGGGUUCCCGUCUCUGGUAUCUCAGGUCCACGUUCUUCAGGCCGAUGGACUCGCAGCUCAUGACUCAGAUGGAGCCUCAGACCCUUACGUCAUCAUCACCUGUGAAGGUGAGAAGGUGCGCUCUGCGGUCCAGAAGAACACCUGUAGCCCCUCCUUCAACACCAAGGGACUGUUCUACAGGAAGAGGAGCAACCGGCCAAUCAGCAUCCAGAUCUUCAACCAUAACGUCCUGUUGGACUCCUUCCUGGGUCAGGUGACUCUACCUGCUGAACCAGGUGAGAUCAAGAAGACGCUGCACCUGAAGGAUAAAGGUGAUCGCCGUGACAACGAUCUCCCUGGUACCAUUACAGUUGCCAUAGUAACCAGCUCCACGCUGACCAGCAUCUGAGGCUGUUUGACUGUCAGUGAGUUUAUCUGAAGUACGCAUGAAGCCUUCCUCCUGUUUACAGCUUUAACCUGCUCUAUUGGUCUUUUCUCUUAACUAUAAUUUUAAUUUUUCAAAGUUUUUUAACUUUAUGUAUUCAGUUUGUUUACCUGAACAGAGUUUAUCUGAUCAAUGAUGACAGCUUCAUUCAUCCAGGAAGUCAAAGAUCAGCAAUCAGCAGGAACCACUCACCUGUUACAGGCACUGUGUCCACUGUACUACCGGCACUACUAGUACUACUACCAGUACUAUUAGUACUACUACCAGUACUAUUAGUACUACUACUAGUACCACAGUUACUACCAAUACUACUAGUUCUAAUGGUACUAGUAGUACUACCAGUACAAGCAUAAACCACUAGCAGCUCCAUAUUUAAACGGCAGCUUUAGAUUCUUUCUAUGUUUACUGAUGGAACCUGUGGACCAAACUGGGCUGUAGAACCAGAACAAGGGUUCUGUGUGUAUUUUGUCUGUUGGUGUUAGCAGAAGCUCUGUAUCCAUCUUAAACACAUGGACUAAAUAAAGUUUACGCUCUUUAAAGUUC